CAUAGGUAGUUCAUUUUCCAUGUGCGGAAAGUUGUUGUGGAGGAGAAAGAAAAACAUGCGCAUGCGUGCGCACUCGAUGCAAUGAUGGGGAAAUAUCUUUUUCCCUCACGCAUGUGAAUAUUUUUUGAUUCUUACUUCUCUCUUCUCCCCUCGAUGCAUUUUGUACUGAAUGGAACCCCCCUUUGAUACCUAUGUGUGGACGAAAUGUACAUAUUAACGCUACUUGCAUUUCCAAGAUAUGAUCCACGGAAAAUAGAAUUUUAUUUCAACGAAACGGAUUCAGUGUGGGUCGACUCAUUGCAUAUGGAAAAAAUGGAUUUUAAUUUUGGAUAUUUGAAUGAACUGGACGCUAAAGCACUUGAAAUCACUUACGGCAAUUCAAAUUUUACAUUUUUGAUCAUUUUACCGAACAACCGAACAGGAUUAACUGAAUUAGAGUCCCGAUUGAAGAACUAUGAUAUUGCAACAGUUUUUGAUCAAAUGCAAAUUACGAAAAUCAAUGUUAAAAUUCCGAAAUUCAAAGCAGAAACUGAAAUUCGUAUGAAUGACAUACUGAUAAAUUUGGGAAUAGGUGAUAUGUUUAAAAAAACGGCUGAUUUAAGUGGUCUACUUGAUGCAACGGAACCACUUUAUAUCAGUGAUGUAAUCCAUAAGGCGUUCAUUGAGAUAAAUGAAGAAUGCACCGAAGGUGCUGCAGCUGGAGGUAAUUUUUAUUCACAUUUUGCCCGUACUGCAAAAAGAGAGAGAAAUCAUCUUGCUUCAGCAAAAAUAUGGAACAUGUCAAGCAUUACAAUAUAAUAUUCCUGAGA